AGUUCUUGCCCCUUUCCCACGCUUCCCAUCCCAAGCCAAGCCUGCUUCAAGUUCUACAGAAUCGAAAAGUCACGCAACAGCCUCCUCCACUUCACGGCUCACAAGGUUGGGUCUCGCCGCCCGCUCUCUCGAGCCACCAGAAACUGCAGCAUUACGGUUGGGAAGGGCUUGUAUAUGGAUGAAAAGGCUCAGAAACUAGCUCUUCAACAUUGCCUUGAACCGAUCCUGAAGGCAAGUAUGAAGCACUUGAGAAAUUAUGGAAAUGACUUGACAGAGCUAGCUAGGCGAGGGAAACUAGAUCCAUUUAUUGGCCGGGAUGAUGAAAUACAGCGGUGUAUCCAAAUAUUAUCUAAGAGAACAAAGAAUAAUCCUGUCAUUAUUGGUGAACCUGGUGUGGGGAAAACUGCCGUUGCUGAAGGAUUAGCUCAAAGAAUUGUCCGCGGAGAUGUUCCUGAACCUUUACUGAAUCGGAAGUUAAUUUCUUUGGAUAUGGGUUCACUGCUUGCUGGUGCCAAGUUCCGAGGAGACUUUGAGGAACGAUUAAAAGCAGUCUUGAAGGAGGUUACAGCUUCAAACGGACAAAUUAUUUUGUUCAUCGAUGAGAUCCAUACUGUAGUGGGAGCUGCAGCUACUAGUGGAGCAAUGGAUGCUGGAAAUAUGUUGAAACCAAUGCUUGGCCGAGGUGAGCUCCGUUGUAUUGGAGCAACCACUUUGAAUGAAUAUAGAAAGUGCAUUGAGAAAGAUCCAGGUUUGGAACGCAGAUUUCAACAGGUGUUCUGUGGCCAGCCAUCUGUGGAAGACACAAUAUCAAUUCUCCGUGGAUUGUGUGAACAGUAUGAGCUGCAUCAUGGGGUUAAAAUAUCAGACAGUGCCCUUGUUUCAGCAGCAGUUCUUGCAGAUAGAUACAUAACUGAGAGCUUUUUACCUGAUAAAGCCAUUGAUCUUGUUAGUGAAGCUGCUGCAAAGCUAAAAAUUGGAAUUACUUCUAAGCCUACUGGGUUGGAUGAGAUAGAUAGAGCUGUGCUAAAGCUGGAGAUGGAGAAACUGUCUCUGAAGAAUGAUACUGAUAAAGCAUCCAAAGAAAUGUUAACUAAGCUGGAGAGUGAUCUCGAGGUGCUUAAACAAAAACAAAAAGAGUUAACUGAGCAGUGGGAACGCGAGAAAGUGCUCAGGACUGGGAUACAGUCAAUUAAAGAGGAGAUUGACAGAGUGAACUUAGAGAUGGAAGCUGCUGAAUGUGAAUAUGACCUAAAUCGUUGUUGGAAGCUUUUACAGAAAAGGAGAAUCAGAGCAAAUAUAGCCCCUUUCAACAAUCGUGCUGCUGAGCUGAAAUAUGGAACGCUGAUGUCUCUCCGACGCCAACUAGAAGAAGCUGAAAGGAACCUUGCUGACUAUCGAAAAUCUGGAAGUUCUUUGCUAAGGGAAGAGGUUACUGAUCUUGAUAUUGCUGAAAUUGUAAGCAAGUGGACUGGCAUACCUUUUUCUAACCUCCAGCAGUCGGAGAGAGAGAAGCUUGUCGUGCUUGAACAAGUUCUCCACAAGAGGGUGGUUGGCCAGGAUAUGGCAGUGAAGUCAGUUGCUGACGCAAUUCGACGCUCUAGAGCUGGAUUGUCUGAUCCAAACCGUCCUAUAGCGAUCUUUAUGUUCAUGGGACCUACUGGUGUCGGUAAAACUGAGCUUGCAAAAGCCCUGGCUGGGUACCUUUUCAACACAGAAAAUGCUCUUGUGAGAAUUGAUAUGAGUGAGUGUGAGUACAUGGAAAAACAUGCAGUUUCUCGUUUGGUUGGUGCCCCACCUGGAUACGUUGGCUAUGAAGAAGGGGGUCAACUCACUGAAGUAGUCCGUCGAAGGCCUUAUUCCGUUGUACUCUUUGAUGCAAUCGAGAAGGCACAUAGUGAUGUUUUCAAAAUUCUGUUGCAGUUGUUGGAUGAUGGGAGGAUUACUGACUCACAGGGGAGGACUGUUAGCUUCACAAAUUGUGUUGUAAUAAUGACAUCAAACAUUGGGUCCCAUUAUAUACUUGAAACUCUUAGAAGUGCACAUGAAGGCAAGGAAGCUGUUUAUGAUGUGAUGAAAAAACAGGUUAUUGAAUUGGCUAGGCAAACUUUCAGACCGGAGUUCAUGAAUCAGAUUGAUGAAUACAUUGUUUUCCAACCUUUCGACUCCAAAGAAAUCAGCAAAAUUGCUGAGAUUCAGUUGAAUCGGGUGAAAGAGAGGCUCAAACAGAAGAACAUUGAUCUUUUGUACACAAAGGAAGCUGUCGAACUUAUUGGGAUACUGGGUUUUGAUCCAAACUUUGGAGCAGUACCUGUCAAGAGAGUGAUACAACAAAUGGUUGAGAAUGAAAUUGCCAUGGGAGUCCUAAGAGGAGACUUCAAAGAAGAGGACUCUAUCAUAGUUGAUGCGGAUGUAUCCCCAUCGGCUAAAGAUAGAUUAUUUCUCAAGAAGCUGGAGAAGAGCUCUGGAAUCGAGGCUAUGGUUGCCAAUGACUGAUACUGCAUGCGUGAGUUAUACAUAUAUGCGAAAUAGAACUAGUUACUAUGUUGUUUUUGUUUCCCAUUCAGCUUGAGAGGAUAUUGAUAUCACAAUUCAUUCUUGUUUGGUUGGUUGGGCGAUUUGCCCUACUAGAAGUUGUAGUUAUGGAUUAUAUUUUUGGUUGAAGUUUUGAGUUUUGUGA